CGGUUGGACAAAUAAGAAUAAGGAAAGAAGCAAGGGGCCAGAUAUAAAACAGAGGAAAAGAUUUGAGCGUUGUUGUUGAUAAUAAUGGCGAGCUCUAUACAUCGGAUUGUGAGCCACACUCGCCGUGCCCAUCAGACCAGUGUGUUGCAGCAGUUAUCGAGACACUACUCUACAUCUGAAUCUUUAGUCGAGUACAAGGCUGGUGAGAUUGGUACUGUUUCUGGCAUCCCAGAUGAGCAUCUUGUGAGAAAGGUUGUAAUAUAUUCACCUGCUAGAACUGCUUCUCAACAAGGAUCAGGAAAAACUGGAAAGUGGAAGAUCAAUUUUGUCUCAACCCAAAAGUGGGAAAAUCCUUUGAUGGGCUGGACCUCUAGUGGGGACCCAUACUCCCAUGUAGGUGAGUCUGCCCUAAAUUUUGACAGUGAAGAUGCUGCCAAGUCAUUUGCGGAAAGGCAUGGCUGGGAAUAUCAGGUUAAGAAGCGUCAAACACCUCUAUUGAAGAUUAAGACGUAUGCAGAAAACUUUAAAUGGAAGGGCCUUCCUGAAGCACAAUAAGCAUAAGUAUCACCAUUGUUUUGUUGUGUUUUGUUUUUUUUUUUCCUAUAAAGAAAACAAGCAGUGUGUAAAGACUGGGAUGUUUUCCAUGCCUGCAUACUUCUCUUGUACUGGUAAUCUGUAUGAGAAUAGCUUGUCGUUAAGCUCUCUCCAACUUGUAAUAAUUCAAACUCAUGCCUAGGGUGGAUGGGAAUCCUUAUUAUUUGGUAUUGGAUAUUCUCUUUGUAUGAUGCAAAUUUUUCUUUUUUC